AUGAAUCCAGAACUGGCAGCUAGAGUGUCUAGUACCAGUUUGCUCCUCAUUCCUAUACUGCUGUUGGCAAACAAAGGAGUGGAAAUAACUCACACUUUCCCAACUCUAUCGGAUGCUGCCUUAUGGCUGUGCCAGCCAGUACCCAGAUGUGAUGAAAGGAUCUACAACCCCUUGGAGCAGUGCUGUGAGGAUGACAAUAUCCUACCCCUUAACUAUACCCGGCUCUGUGGCCCUGGUUGCAUCUACUGGCCCUGCUUUGAGCUGUGUUGUCCUGAGUCCUUUACCUCCCAGAAGAAAUUUAUUAUCAAGCUGAAAAUUCAUGGAGAGAGAUCACAGUGUAGAUCAUCCCCUGUCUCUGGAGACUGUGCCAGGUAUUGA